AGGAGAGGAGAGGAGCGGUCCGCCAGGCGACCGGCGAGGGACGGACCGCGAGGACGCGGGGCAAGGACGGAGGGCUGCACUUUGUCCCCUGGGCCCGGGAGCCCGCGGCGAAGCCUUCUGACCUCGGCCGGGUUCGGAGUUUCCUUUUCUAUGAGGGUUGGUCGUCGAGUAACUAGGAACUGAAGAGAGCGUCUGCGUGUGGCGCUCCCCGGGGGGCCGUCGAGAUUGGACUUAUUCCUGCGUCAGUUUUCUCACCUGCACAAUGGGGACUUUCCACACUGAUUAAUCCAGAGUGAAAAAUCUGAAGAGAUGCAAGCAGGAACAAGAAACUAAACUAGGCUUGAGGAGCGAUGCGACAGGCAUGAUGGAGGUCGAGUCCUCCUACUCGGACUUCAUCUCCUGUGACCGAACAGGCCGUCGGAAUGCAGUCCCUGACAUCCAGGGUGACUCAGAGGCCGUGAGCGUGCGGAAGCUAGCUGGAGACAUGGGCGAGCUGGCACUUGAGGGGGCAGAAGGACAGGCAGAGGGAAGUACUCCAGACAAGGAGGCCAGCAGUCAGCCUGAGAGCAGUGAUGCGAACACCUCGUCUUGAGUCUGCCCUUGAUCCUAGAGGCUAGAAGAGAGAACUGCUGUCCCCUCCUGCACCUGGAGUCCUGGCACAACCCGGCAGCCUCUUCUGAGCCCAUAUCCCAGGCCUCGUGGAGGCUUCUGUGGCCCCUCCUCCAGCAAAGUCCUGUGCCCACACCCACAGGCUCCACUCCCCCACCUCCCCAUGGUGCCCAGGUAUUCCAUUACCAUGGGAUGUUAUUUAUUCAGCUAGGAGGGGCUCGAGCCAGGCCCUGCACCUAGACAGGGACUGUCCCCACACCAUUCAUCCCUCUAGCCAGCUGCCUACGUCAGAAAGAUCUUCCUAGCCCUUUUUUAAAGCCUCUUUUACAUUUUUUAAAAACAUAACUUUUUUCAGCAGAGAAGGGAGAGCUGACAAUCACUUUUUUCUGUUUUGGUUUUGGUUUGUUUUAAGCUUAGUUCUGAUGUUCUGUGCAGCUCUAAGUUCCCCUGUGGAGUCUCACAGAUCCAGAUGUAGGGAAAGGAUUUGGACUCAAAACUAAAUGACCAAUUCUUUGCCCUUUGUACCAAGAGGCCCCAGGAAAUAAACUCUGAUGAUUUGUG